AUGGCGUACCAAAUUGAAUAUGCCACCGAGGCAGAUGGCUCUGCCCUCGCUCGGAUCAACGUCGAGAGCUUCCAAGGCAGAGGAUUGCUCAACAGUGUUUUCCCAGAAGCUACCGAAGCGGAGCUACAGAAUUAUAAAGCGAUCUAUGCCAUGAAGCACCUGGCAGACCCGCAGAUGCAUGUUCUCAAAAUCACCGAUCCUACCAGCGGAGAAGUUGUUUCCUACGCUCGCUGGUUGAUUCCAGCGACAGUGGACUCAGUUAGCCAACCAGCUCUGAGUGGGCAAGCACAGGUGUUCGCUCAAGACCCAACCCGCUUUUGUCCACAGCCCAUGAAUGAAGCUCUUUAUACCGAGUUCCGCGGGCUGUUACAGAAAUCUCGCAAGAAACAUGCCACGGAUGACGAUAUGAUGCUUGACCUUCUGGCCACUUUACCGGGCUAUCAAGGCCGUGGAAUUGGGUCUACCAUGCUCAAAUGGGGCACUUCGAAAGCAGAUGCCGCGGGUCGUCGUCUGUACCUGGAGGCUACUGGGGAGGGACAGCCGCUUUAUCUUAAGGCAGGGUUCCACCCAGUUGAUGAGUUCAUCCUGGACCGGACACAGUUCGGAGGAAAGGGACAGGAGUCUUUCACGAUUAUGAUUAGGGAUCCGGUUACUCAAUAA